UGUGACCGUGUUCGAUGUUGGCGAAACGCGUCGGCGUAGAAGUAUUAAUCGAAGAGAACCAAGAUGGCGUCCACCAGAUGAGAAAGGUUGUGAUUUCGCGAGGCUGUGAAUACUGUGCAACGAAUGGGUAUAAGAAGAAGAAUUAUAAAAUGGAUACACAACAAAGUGCCUGGGAAAUUUCUCGGUAACUUUCGUUUCUUACCAAUAUUCUUUGUCGCUGGUGGUUUGUUGGAGUAUACUAUGAUACACUGGCACGCUGGAGGAGAGGUUAACUUUUACAAUACAUACAAGAAAAAACGGAUCGAAGAGGCAGUUCAAGAAAGAUUACGAAACGAGAUAAGAUCGCGAGCGCAGAAUGCUAACACUUAAAAAACUCGCAAAGCAUUAUUGCAGAAACUUAAACCAAAGUUACAAGCUUCAGAGGAUAAUCAAGCGGUGACGAAAGUCACAAACAAAAUGUAACAUACAUAAAUUAGAGGAGUGUAUGAAACUGUAAUAAAGUAACUUUUAUGAUUAUCCCUACA